AGAUUGAAGCAGAGAAGGAGAACAGAGGAAAAAGUAUGUUCUCUCAACAACAACAACAACAACAACAACAACAUCAACAACAUCCUCAUCAUCCUCAGCAGCUGAACUCUCCCAGGCCGACAUCAAGUUGGUAUAUUGGACGCAGACCACGAACUGCCUUCACUAACAGCCAGGUGAAUGUGCUAGAGACAGUGUUUCGGGUGAACUGCUAUCCAGGUAUCCAGCUGAGGGAGCAUCUGGCAGGGAGACUCAACCUGGACGAGGACCGCAUACAGAUCUGGUUUCAGAACCGGCGGGCCAAGCUGAGGCGUUCCCUCAGAGAAACCCGUCUUCAGCUGGUUCAGACAGCCGUGGCUGAUCUUGGGGUCAGACAUGAGGUCAUAGGUCAACUGAAGCAGGAUGACGCCCAGCAGCUCGCCUCUCAUCUCCAGCUGGAGGUGGAGGAAGGGGAGGAGUGAUUCUGAUGACCUCGUCCUGUUUCUGAUGUCAGGACUGGCUGUUUACAUGAACAUUGAUUCAUCAGCUUCUGACAGCUUCUGUAUUUCUUCUUCCUUCCACAUAUCAUGAAAAAACACAACUGUGGACAACAAAUUGUGACAAAUAAAAGUCACAGUUUGCUUACAAACCACUAGUAACACAGUGUUUAUUGGCGCAUCAAUGUUUUUUGGAUAUUUGACAUCUGUGCUUUUUGGUUAUCAGGAUUUAAUGCUUACACGAGGUAACACAAAACAGGUUCCUCUAUCCAGCAUACUGAGGAAGUAUGUCUUGCAAGUUGUGAGAUUCGCU